CGAGGAGAUGGCGGCCGGGGUGGUCCAGCCCCUGUGCGACUUCCAGCUGCCCCUGCCUUUCCACCAGCCCUUCCUGCCCUUGGAGCCGGAGCCCCCAGAGACCGCAGAGGAAGAAGAGGAGCAGGGGGAGGAAGAGGACGAGGAGGAGGUGCUGGAGGGUCAGGGGCCGGGGGGCUGCAGCCCGGACCCCCGGAGCUCAGGCGAGACCUCCGCGCCCGCCCCCACUGGUCCCAGCAGCCCCGAGGGCGCAUGGCGACUGCUACGCUUCUCCGAGCUUAUCAGCGGCGACAUCCAGAGGUACUUCGGCCGCAAAGACCAGGGGCAGGACCCCGACGCCAGAGACUUCUACCGGGAGGGUCGCGCGGUGGGCAGGUCCACCAGAGGGCGCUACUAUGCCGACCUGGUGUGGGAGGCCCGGGGUGGGGCCCCCGAGGAGACCCUCGAGGCCGCCGAGCCCGCACCGCUGGGGCCGCUGGCUGAGCUCUUUGAGUACGGGCUGGGGCGAUGCACAGGGUCUGGCGGAGGCCGCGGCCAGAGGCUGCAGCGCAAGUACGGCCACAUCACGCCCAUGACCCAGAGGCAGCUGCCUCCAUCCUUCUGGAAGGAGCCAGCACCCAGCCCCCUGGGCCUACUGCACCCCGGUACCCCUGACUUCAGCGACCUGCUGGCCAACUGGACGGCCGAGGCUGGCCUAGAGCUGCCGGGCCCUGGGGCCGAGAGCCAGGCCCUGGAGGGGGGGCCGAUGGCUGAGGCCUAGACAGUGGGCUGGGGACACAGACUUUCCUAUUGCCCCCCUGGAAAGAACCCCCGGGACCCCCAGUGAGCCACAGGAGGAGGGGCUGGGUACAUGCUGGGAUCUGACAGCCAGGAAAGCGGCAGGAGCUGGCGGCCAUCUCCCACCCAAGCCCUGGUCCCUCGGAGCUCUGCCCACCGGAAGUGGGGACUCAGCGAGGGCUGUGGCCCUUUGGAAGCUGUGGCGCAGGGCGUCUGCACACUGCGACCCUGUUAGGCUGGGGCAGUUGUCAUCCAGAACCACCGAGACCUGAGGCGGGCACAAGGGCCGCUUCUGUCACUGCCCACCUACCCUGGGCCCCCAGCGGCCCAGGUGAGGCCGGGGCCAGCUCCCAGCCCGAGGGGUCCGGGCGGGAUUCGGGCCCCACCUCUCGGCCACAGCAGAAGGCAGGGCUGUGGGAUGGGCCAGGGUUUUCCUGGAGAGGCAGGAAGAGAGGACGCUGGGGCCCUGAUUGGAAGCAAACACCGCCGUUUAUGACGCAGAUUAGCGCUGGAGAAGCCCAUUGCCUGUGCGGUAGAGGGCUUGGAAGGCCUCGCCCCCAGACCUGUAAGCCCCGCCCCCACGUGGCUCCUCCCUCCCGCCUGAGACCCCUGUUCUCAUUGUUCCGGAGCAAGGAGGGGCCUUGCUGAGCCAGGGGCGCCUGGCUGGGGCUCAGGCAGGACCAGGGGGGUUUGAGGAUCAGAAGACUAGGCUCCUCAGCUUCCCCAUGAGGCCCCCAGGCUGGGCCCCACUGGCAUCGGAGUCCCUGGGGCUGGGCCACUGGGAAGGCCUUGGUCAGUGACACCAACAGGCUUCUUGUCCCCUCCCCUUGGCU